GCCCAUCAUACUUUCGCACGCCGCCAUGUUAUCGAUUUUCCGGAAAAACAGACCGUCGAGCUUCUCCUUGAAGCUGAGCUUUACGUUUUGCCAGCUGAUCGAUUUUCGAGCAAGUCCCCCGCCAUCAGUUAUCCCAGUUAUUAGGUGAAAGAAAAACAAGGCUACAGUGUUGUUUUUCGUUUACAACUAAAAACAUUAUUUCGCGGUGACUUCUCCAGAAAAAAAUUACAGGAAGUUAUUGAAGAAGUAAUUAACAGAUUGCUGGUUUAUGAUGGCAGGAGCAGAUCCAAAAUGGCAAAAAGAUGCAGCCGACCAGAACUUCGACUACAUGUUCAAGCUCCUCAUUAUCGGAAACAGUUCAGUAGGGAAAACCUCGUUCCUGUUUCGCUAUGCUGACGACAGUUUCACGUCGGCAUUUGUCAGUACAGUUGGGAUUGAUUUCAAAGUUAAAACCGUUUUCCGGCACGAUAAAAGAGUAAAAUUGCAAAUUUGGGAUACUGCAGGACAGGAAAGAUACCGAACAAUAACAACCGCCUACUAUAGGGGAGCCAUGGGAUUUAUUCUUAUGUAUGAUAUCACAAACGAAGAGUCCUUCAAUAGCGUACAAGACUGGGUAACGCAAAUUAAAACGUAUUCGUGGGAUAACGCCCAAGUAAUCUUAGUGGGAAACAAAUGCGACAUGGAAGAUGACAGAGUAAUUAGUUUUGAGAGAGGCAAGCAACUAGCCGAACAACUUGGGGUCGAGUUCUUUGAAACUAGCGCUAAAGAAAACAUGAACGUCAAGGCUGUAUUCGAGCGCCUAGUAGACAUAAUCUGCGAUAAAAUGUCUGAUAGCCUAGACACCGACCCCAACCUCAUGUCGGGUUCCGGAAAAGGACAGCGCCUAACUGACGCCCCGCAGGGUCCUCAAACUGGAAAUUGCAACUGUUAAUACCAUUUAGGCUAAGAGUUGUACAGUGGAGGUUUAGUAUCACUUAUGGGGACAGCAGAAUAGAGAGCGAGAUUUUGUUUCAAUUCCAUACAUAUAUUUAAUCCAAAAGGAAUAAUUAUUCAUGUACGUAUCUUAUUCAUAAUUAUUCUUAUAUUAAUUGGUCAAUGUUUCUAUCUAAACUGCCAAUGGUAAAAGACAAGUACUUGAUAUUAGAUUACGUCAAAAAAAUGUUUAUUAUAUUUUCAUUUAAACGGUGUAGGUAUAUAAAAUCAUGCACAAUCUGCAAAUUUUAAUAAGUUACUAAACUGAUAUUAGUACAACAAAAAUAAAUUGAAUGUUUUGUAUAACCCAAUACCCCAAAGGGGUUUCCAUGUUCAAAUUGUACUUCACCUAUGACCAGAUGUUACAAUAAUAUACUUUUCUCAGUCUUUUAUUUAAAAAAGGAAUUUUGACUGUUUAGUAAGGUCCAGAAAGUAAUUAUUCAAUAUACAGCAGUCCUAAUAAGCUACAAUUUCAAAUAUAUUAAUAGAACCUUACUAAACAUGGACUUGUCCUUACUUAAUGAGACUGACUCUACCAAAUUUCCAAAAAUGCUUCUUAAUUAAGUGCAUAACUAAGACAUUCUUAAUGCGUGUUUAAUAAAUUAUUAUCGUUAACGAUGCUUCAACGAAUCCAAAAAAAAAAUCAAUGUUAGUUGAGAGCCCUUAAUUUUAAAUACAUGUACCUAAAAUUUUCUAUGGUUCCAUUUUGUUAAAACACAUCGACAUGGAAGAUCCCAAAUUAUUAUGAAAUAAUUUGAAACAUUUCCAAGUGGAGACUUCCUAUAAUUACUGUUUCCACAAAUGUGAAAGGGUCGCAAAUCUAAGUAUCGAUCACUCUUAUCUUGGCAUCCUUGAUAGCUUGGACUCUAUCUGCUGCUAUCAUUGGCAUUUAACAAUAAUUCUCCGAUCUAAGAAAUGAGCUCCGAUGGCUUGCCUAAAAAGACCUGAACUUUUGAAACAAAUUGUCUUAUUGAACCAUCUUUCUACCAUAGCAAUGGCUAUAUUCAAUUCUGUUUUAUAACAUAAACUUGUUGCGAUGAAGAAGUGCCAUAGUACCAAAGUCUAUUAUAAAGUUUUCUGGAAAUAAAUAAGUUAUUGCAUAUAAAAUGGAACCAACAGAAAGUAGAUUCCUAUAACAAUAUUCACAAACUCAUAAUAAUGUUUUUUUUCAAAUUUUGCCUCUCAUUUUACAUUAUGAAUAUGACUUAUCGAUCUGUACCUACCAUUCUAAUUAAGUAAAAGAAAAAUGAAAAGACACGUCAAUAUUAGUAAAUUACUUAAACCAAAAAAUAAAUAGGAAAGCAUGUACAUUUUUGAAAAAAAGACAUUAAAAGACAUUGUUAGAAUUUGUAUUAUGAAAAAAAAAAAAAUUGUAGCAUCUAAAAAUGCUUUAGGUUAUUUUUUUGUACGCUUGAGUAGAAUUUGAAGCUGUUUAUUGAUUUUUAGAUACUUAUAUAAUAUUUUUUCUCAUAAAAAUCGUAUCUAUCAAUCAUGAAAUAGAAAAUAUGCAUUUUUUAUGUUUUUGCAAUUUUUUUCAGAAAUCUAUGAUAUUCUUACCAAAGCACUUUCAUUUAGGUAUCAUUGUCAAAAUCUUAAAAAUGUUUAAACAGCUCAAGUGUGAAAAUAAAUUCAAAUAAAUCUAGGAAAAGUAAAUGUAGAUUAUUGUUGUUAAAUAUAUUUAAAUGAUAUUUUUAUUAUUACAAUUAUUUUAGGUAGACACUUUUUACCAGUUGUUGAAUUAAAUAAUUAUAUUUUUUAUCAUGGUAUUAUUCAAGACAAAAAAAAAUCUGUUGUGGUGAGGUACCUCACCUUCUUAAUUAUCGUUUUUAAAAGUAUGUCUAGCAAAAUUGUACUCGCUUCGUCAAAUUUGAUUUGUUACUAAAUAUCAUGAUACAAAACUAGUGACAAUAACAACUAUUUUGGGUACCAUUUUGCUUUUACAAUUAAUUAAGUACUUACCUACCCACCUGCUAUCAAAAAUCCAAUUAUUAUUCUUGAGAAUUUAAUUUUGACAUAUCCAAAGCCUAUAAGGUACACAUAAUGACAUAAAAAUAAAUUUAAAUAAAAAAAAGAGUAGGAAAUGCUUAACAUUUAUGUGCGGUUCAUGUAAACUAUUUAGAAAAGUCAAAUAAAUGUGAAAUGUAAAUAGGCAUCAUAUAGUUAAGAAUGUUGAAUAGUAAUAGUUGUUUUAAUACAAUGUUUCAAUUGGUUGAUUUGCACAUGUUUUGGCUUUUGUCCAUUUUCUUAAAUUGUUCAGCAUUGAAACAAAUGGGGCACUGUAGUAUCACCCAAUUUAAAUAUAACAUAAAAAUAUUCUGACCAAAAGGUGUACCAACCUUUCAUGAAAAUAAUUAAAAUGGUAGAAUUUCUUUGCCAAAACAUAAGGCGAUCAAUUAAAUAAUGGAAGUUUUGCGUGUGUGGAUGUGUUUUCAAUCGGGCUUAAAGAUAUUUAAAACCAAAGAAAGCCAUCAUAUUAACAGGGUUCACAGCAGAGACUUCAAACUUGGCAGUUUUAUCAAGGGUCAGAAGACCUUUGAAACGAUGUAUCACUUGAAUCCCGUUCCAUUUGAGAUUUGGGGGCUAAAGAGUUCCAAGUGGGAGGUGAAUUUUGCAUAGAAACUCAUCCGCCUCCAAAUUAUUGACUUUCGGGGAUUUUUUCUAUUAUUUUCAUAGGGGUGUGAAGUUUUUAAAUGGACACCCUGUAUAGGAUAUGAAUAGUUUCAGUAUAUUGAUCUAGAAAGGGUUUAUUAAAUGUGUGAAUUAUUCUGGUCCUCAUAACUGAGUACCUCAAACCCGAUUAAAAACACUUCUAAAAUUAACACUGGCGGUGAAAGCGUUUACUCACCUCAUCCAUGGAACUCGAAAGAAACACCCUUUUGAAAUCAUCAUGUCCAUAUUUAGAAAAUUAUGUCAAUAUCUACAAUGAUUUUCUCGGUCAACAACUUUUAUUGUUGCAAAUUCGGUGCCUCACUUAAAACAGGGGAUUAAAGGAUUAAAUGAAUAGUGUUUGUAAAAUAUUUCCUAUGUAAUCGCACAUUAUUAUGUUUUUUUUAAUUCCUACUGAUAUAUAGCCAUACUCAUAUUCAGUGUAGGUGUUUAUUGUUUUUUUUUCUCUUCAAAUAAGUGUUAUAGGUGUUUAUGGCUGUAUAUUAGAAAACUAUAUGGGCGCACAUACUCUUACACUUUUGAUUUAUAGAAAUUUAAAGUUUAGAGUAUUACGCAAAAGGGAUCUUUGUUGGAAAUUGAAUAAUUGUAAAUUACUUUAUAAGUUAGUGUAAUAUAAACUAGUGUCCACGCCUAUGU